GUGGCUCGCACGCGUUAUGCGUAUACACAAAUAAAUCACCCGAAAGAAACGGGGGAAAAAACCUAGCCGCCUUCAAAUGUCGAACCGAAUCGCUCCGCCGUCACAGCCGCCGCCGCGGCCUCUGUUCAAGCAGCACUCGUGGUCUCCGGACGCCGACCGUGACGAGGCCUGGAUACGCAAGAAGAAACGCCCGGGGUUGUCGUCGUCCUUCUCUGGCGUCGGCGGAGGACUCGACCGUAGCAAGAGCGUGACCGACGAAGAUCUGGAGGAGCUCAAGGGAUGUAUCGAGCUAGGGUUCGGAUUCGAACCUGAUUCGCCCGAUUUGGACCCGAGGCUCUCCAGCACUCUUCCUGCUUUAGGGUUUUACUGCGCCGUCAACAGACAAUACAGCAGCAGAUUGUCGCGGACGUCGUCUCAGUCGUCGAUCGCGUCGGAAGGUGAUGUCAACAACUCCAGUUCCACGAUCUUCGAUCAAGGUGAAGAUCCGGAAAUGGUGAAGCUGAGGCUGAAGCAAUGGGCUCAGGUGGUUGCUUGUUCGUUGCGGCAAUUAUCCGGUGAACCCAAUUAGUUGAAUUGAAAAAAUUGAUUUUUUGUACAGAAUAAUGAAAAUUUUGUAAUGAUUUAUAGAACCAGAUAUACAGUAAGUUACUUUUCAACAAUAUAUAUAUAUAUAUAUAUAUGUUUUUGUGUG